CUUAUCCCUCCUCCACGGUCAGCUUCGUCGAGGAACGAAUCGAAAGCGACAGUGCCUUGCGUGGCGCUCGCGUCGUCGCCGGCGUCGAUAUAUAAUCAGAUGACUGCGCCAUGGCCGUCACUCAGCCGGAGAUUCCUCCGCGUUAUUCCUUGGUUGUCCCUUCUCGCUGAGAAGCGGUGUCGCCCGCGCAAAGAAGCAUUUAGUGCAGAGGAAGCCUGGGGGAACAAGGACCUGCUUUUGCAUAGGUAGAAAGCUUUCGGAAAUCUGCUGCAAUAGUUCACUUGUUGAGUGGAUUCAUCUAUUGCAAGACAUCAGCUAGAGCUAAUGACGUGGAAGCCGCAGUUGACUUGGGCUUACGUGACUCUCGCGGCUGUUCACCUGGUGGCAGCCCGCAUCAGCACCCGCCUUCCGGAGGCCACAAUGAUAUGCAUCGAGAACUGCGGUCAGUGCAAAAUAAUGUACGGCGACUACUUCGAUGGCCGCAAGUGCGCCGAAGAGUGUGUGAGCACUGUAGGCUACAUCCAACCUGACUGCGACAUCGCCGACACCAUCAUCAAGUACUUGCGCCGGAAGCCGUGAAAUUGCCGCUGGGUUGCCGAUUGUCGAAGCUGGAGCAAGGCGGCGAGAAGCCCAGCUGCUGGGACGUUCCAUCAGGGGCACCUAUCCUUGCCUCAACGAGGAUGGAGCUAUGCCUUUCAAGAAAGCUCGUAUUCUCGUUUGUUCCUCGUGGCAAGAGACGCCAAUUCAAAUUCUCAUCACACGAAUACGUAAAAACCACUCAGGCAGCUAAACUUGCUGCACACAACGAACGCAGUGCCAGUGCCGAUCUAGAGUGGUCGCUGAUGAAUAUGUACUCGGUAUAGAGACAGACGUUUCCUAAAAAAAAAAAACAACGCGCGUUAAGCGUACAUUUCUCUGGAAUGGUGUAGACUGUGCGUGAACAGAACAGGUCCACCGGUCCACCUAAGCUUAAAACGGCACUUAAAAAAACGUCAACCUAGACCGGCAGACUAAGUCUUGCUUAUGGGCAACUCACCGAGACCGCAGCCUCGUUAUGCUGUAAAACUACGCGGCAGCAAAGCCCGUUUGGCGACGACACCUUGAAUUUCAUGCACCCGGCGCCCCGUGAAGCGAUAUACUACGAGAAAGUCUGUCUUUAGCAGGUGCAAGUUAGUAAUUUAUUAGUGAGAAAGAGAAUAUAUUGCAUUUUAACAGAAAAGAAGAGCAGACUGAAAGCUUUUCCUGUGCCGAGAUGACGCAUAUACGCGAAAACAAUGUAAAAUAUUUGACGCCCCACUGCCGUCAACGGCACCGCUGUUUGGACUGGAAAUUCUAAAAGGGAAGAUGGCGUAAAAUUUUUUUUUCAACCAACCAACUAUCGCACAAAACAAAUGCGGGCAGAAUGCCGUAGGAGUCGCUUUCGACUCAAGUGAAAUGUAGCGGCAUUUUCCUAUAUCGUUCCGUUUCUACUCAGGCUGUAAACCUUUCGAAUUAGUAUUUCAAAAAAGUGUAUUGUCUCCAACCACACAGAUGAACAACGUGGAGGGAGCGCGCCGCCGAGAGAGGGGCGCGUAGGGAUUUAUUAACGCGUCCCACAUUCAAGCGUGCGUAGAAAGACGGUCAAAAUGUCGCGAAUGUACGUCCUGUUUUUCUGGCACUGUGUAGCCAUUGGUGCCAGCGAAACAUCCGAAACUAGUUGUUUGAACAAGGCUUGAUGAAAAUACUUGACAUAGCAAGUAGACGUGUCUGACUGUGUCCUGUGAUCAAAGAAUAGUGGUCGAAAAUGAACAUUAGAUCACAACCUUCGCGUAUCACCUAUUUCUCUGCCGAACACAUAGCUUCACUUUGUGCAGCUAUGUGCAUCAUAGAGGAAAUGGUGGGAGGGGGAAUCAUGUUGAGUCUCUUGUCACGCCAGAAGCGCGUGAUGCAGUGGGUGCAUAGAGGUUAGACAACCACUAGCUUUUUUACCAAGAUGUCACGCUUUCUCAAUCAUAUUGCAAACAGCGUUCGUCAGACCGGUCGAGCCUUUAUUUGAAUGCCAUUGCGAAGAAGUGGCGAAGGCCUGACGUUUUCAGUAGUACCAUAACAUGUCGCACGGGUGUAUGUCACGGAGUUGCAGUGGAAGAGAGUGCCGAGUUUAACAUUUACACUUUCUAACACCGCGCUGAUGCGCUGUAAUUAUUUCAUGGUUUUACUAGAUCUCAGAUCAAUUCUCAACGUGCCAUGAUAAAAAAAAAUGUAGCCUAUUUGUGACUACGGCAUACGCAUCUCUGUCAUGCGCUUUCUUCACGCAAUUGUAGCUGUGCUGUCAAGUACGACGAUCCAAUGACAAUGUGAAGCACUUGGAGAGUAGAAGGGGUAUUCUGUAAGAGUACACCUAGUGGACUGCCCAUUUCGGCUGCUGCUGACUGGAUGCAGCUGUACGAGGGAGGAGGAGACGAGCGGCCUUAGCCAAUCAGCAGUGGCCAAAAUGGACAGUCCACUAGGUGGACUCUUACAGAAUACCUCCGCAGUAGUCGAUCAAAGAGUGUCGCUGGAGCCAUUGUCUCUAUGUCCUCUUGUCGAAACGUUGGCUACAGCGACACCUUGUUUGACUGUACUGCAAUCACUUCAUGCCUCCAUCUUCCUGUCAACUUCUGCAAUGAUGCGGGCUUCGUAACUUACCAGUUACUUUAAUGCUAUCCGACCUAUAUGACCUUUACUCACUUUAGGUAAUGUUAGCAUUUGAACAUGCAGGGCGCCAUAUUCAGAUCGGAUCUCGAAGCGUUAGUGAUCAGAAUAAGAAAGCGUGACGAAAGUGGGCAGCCGGGAGCAUAACUAUGCUUUCUUUUACAUUCAAGUGAGGCAGCAUAUUUUUUUCUUUAUUAUGUAAUAGUCGCUGUCGUGCACGUGAUUCUAGUCACUUCAAGGUUUGUGGAAGCUUAGUGCUUCGUGAAACUGUGAUAUAAUUUAUUCACGCCAGCAUUGCUUCACUUUUUCUUUUUUUGUAAACAUAACGUUGCUACACAUACUUAGAACUGUACUUGGCGCCCUUUUAAAAUAGCCAGCGAGGUUACUGUGCAUCAACAAGCGAUAUGCUCGCGUCGAGCGUGCGGCACUGGUUCGCGCGAUCAGACUGCCUAUUUGCGUCGCUGCAACCAUGCUUCUUAAAUGCAUUUUUGCUGAGAUAUAGUGACUGUAAUGUGGACUAAUUCCUUAUGGCCAUGUGAUUAUACAACAAGGUCUUUCUCGUAAUUGUUUGGCUUUGUUUCUCCAGUAGAAUAACAACGAAAGCAGAAUUUUACUUCCGUGCACCUGGUUGUGACUGUUCCGCUACUGAAACCUCGCAAAGUGGUUGUGAAGAAUUUUCGCUUAUGCUCUUUUAUUGUGUUGUCAAUAAAAAUGGAUUAACAAAAAAGAA